AGAGUGUGAGGAGAGACAGACGCAAUGUGCGAGAGAGAAAGAAGGUUCGAGAGAGUGUGAAGGAACAGACACAAUGUGAGGGAGUGAAAGAAAAGUUUUAUAGUAAAAGAAAUAUUAUCUAAACGAUAUAUUUUGUAUUUUAUUAGCAGAGUAUAAGAGGCUAAUAUAUUUCAGUAAACCAAACGUUUGCUGUAGACAGUACUAUCUACCUGUAAUUUCACAAGAGAGAAAUUAGUCACCAUUUUAUGGUAUAGUCUUUUUUUGUUUAUUAUUAAUUUACUUUUCUGCUGGCGUCUGGAACUGCUGCUGAGACCCAGAUAGCACUCGGGGUGACCAGGAGAAAGCCCCGAGUACCUCUGGCCACGUUGGAAAAGAAGAUUUUUCAGCUGUCGUUGUGUUUAUUGUGUCCUUCUACGAACUUACCUUGGAAGCAAGAAACGGAACUGUGUUGCUGGUCGUGAGUACUGCUUGCAUUCAAAAAACCAUUUUUUGAAAGUAUAAUUUUGUUGCUUAUUUGACAUAAAUAAGUGAAGGGGCAUUUUGUUUUUUUUAUUAUUGCCACUACGUACCCGAGCGACGGUUCAGGCCUGCAACGUGUUAUUUCUUUUAUACUGAUGCACGUGUUCAGUACACCCCCCCUACUCUGCUGAGGAAAAAACAAGCCAGCUUCUUCCAAUGAGCCUCCUCCCCAGCAUACAGGAGCCUCUGAACCGCCUGCAGUCUGAAGGCUACCACCCUGCUGGCAAUGCUGACCAGCCCCUGCCCCCCUUCAUCAGUGGGUAGAUACAGGACCGCUUGCCUCAGCCAAUGUCUCCCGCUCCAGAAAAACUCCAACAGUACUCUUUGAAUCUCCUGCACCAUGCCCAGGGGAGGGCCCAGACACACCAGCCUGUGCCACAGCAUGGAAGCCACCAGAUUAUUGAUCACCAGGACCCUUCCCCUAAAGGACAGCUGAGCCAGCAGUCCCCUCCAUCUCUGCAGCCGCCCCCUCACCCUGCCCACUAGGCCCUCCCAGUUUUUCUGCAUAUAUAUCUCCACUCCGAAAAACACUCCCAGCACUUUUAUACCUGUCCUGUCCCAUCUCAGUGCCUCGGGCAGGACAGGGGGGGUGCAAUCAUGCCAACUGCCUGACAGGAAGGUGUCAAACUUUGCCCAGUUAACUCUUGCUGUAGAGGCUCUCUGGAAUGUGUGCAGGCUCUGCUGUAGUGCCUUGAUGUAUCCGUCACUGCACACAAACACGUUCACAUCAUCUGCAUAAGCGGACACCUUCACUGUGACAGGGGAGGGUGAGGAGGGCACUGCCCAGCCAACCAGCCGGCCCCUCAGCAGGUGCAGCAGUGGCUCUAUGGCCAGUGAAUAAAGCAUUCCAGACAGGGAGCAGCCCUGCCUAAUACCUCUGCACACUGGGAAGGGCUGACUCAGCCCAUUGUUAAUCUUUAAAAUGCUAAAAACAUUCAAAUAUAAAAGCUGGAUGUAAGAAAUAAAAACAGGGCCAAACCCGAAGACUUCCAGGGUUUUAAAUAGCUUCCGUCUGUGCUAUCUCCUCCCCGAUUUCUCCAAUUUCCAUCAAACCUGUCUCUGUUUCCUCGGCUGCAGCCCGCGCUGCAGCCCCUUCAGUGCUGCUUCCAGCCUCCUCCCCUCCCUCUGCCUCAACGCUACCAUCUACCUGCUGUCCUUGGGCGUCUUUUCCCCGGAUCAGUUCUGUUUCCCCCUUGGCGACGCUAGCAGCCCUUCCCAAUUUGUUACUGCCACUGCCUCCCGCUACCUCAGUGUCCACCUGGGCUAUUCCCCUCCUCGGCUGAGGCUGUGGCCGAGUCCGUGCUCUCGGUCUCGGCCGCGGCCCCGACCCUGUCUCACCACCCUCCCCGGCUGCACCCCGCUCCUCCUCCUCCUCCUCCUGCUCCGGGCAGUUUCUAACAAUGUGCCCCUCGCUCCCACACCUGAAGCACUUCAUCGACUCCGAAGUUACAAAAAACACGUAAUCAUGAUUAUCAAUUUUAAACUUUAAAGAGAUGUUUAAGUCAUCAUUAAUAUUAUUUAAAAUCAUGUAUACUUGCCUUCGGAAAGAGACGAUGUGCUUCAGUUGUGGAGCUUUGCACCCCAGAGGAAUCCUCUUAAUCCCGGACAUUACCUGCCCGUAUCUCGCCAGUUCCCUCUCCAGAAUCUCAUUUCGGACAAACGGCGGCACAUUUGAAAUGGUGAUCUUCCGAGACGGGGCUGAUAGCGGCAGCACUGGCGUGAACGUGUCGUUUAAGACAACCCCAUUCUCAACUACUUUCUGUACUAGCUCCGUUGUUUUGAGAAAAAUGACAAUUGCUCCAUUCAUGCGUGAAGCCGAUUUGAUAUUCUCACAUCCAGCUAUCUCCCUGACUGCCAACACACACCUCUCCAAGGGGCAGAACUGCUCCGGGGAAAUUUUAACUCCAUGUCUCCUAGUUAAUUUUUCAAAAGCGUAGUUCGGGGGGGUAGCCCCCCCCGGAGCGGCCUUCACCUUUCGGCCACAAAAGUCGACACCAAAUAAAACACCUCCCUUAACUACACUUUUAAAAUGAAAAAUAAACUUUGUAAAACUGUUUUUUAAAACCGAAGAAAAGACAGUAAAGAAUAGAAAAGAGAAGAAAACCAAACCUCGACCGCUCUCACACACCUUCCAAAACUCCGCCCACUCACUCCACACGAGAGAGAGAGAGAGAGAGAGAAAAAUUAUAAAAAAUUAUAAAGACAGAGUGCUGAGGGAGUCCCCAGAGACUCUAAUAGCAAACUACUCCACAGUGGACAACUGCAGGGUCAAGUGCAACCUGCUGCUCUACACCGAGCACCCCAGUGCAUGGCACUCUGCGCUGUGCAGCACCUACUGCAACAUCCGCAAGGGAGGCAUCGGCAGAGGCAGGCAGCUGACCGUGUUCGAGGACAGUGAUGCUGACAGCGUCAUGCUCACUGUCAAUGUCUACCACAAUGGUACUGUCAUGGUGCAGGGCAGAGAGAGCAGCCUGGACCUGUUUGAACACAGCUUCCCAGCAUUGAGAGAGCGUGUGGAGAGAGCGAAGACAAUACCAGAGCUUGCAAACCCCCAGCCUCUCCCCCCAUCCCCAGCACAACCCAGCAGCCAGCAUCCCCACCCCCAGCACAGCCCUGUCACUGACUCCCCCAGACAGGUCAGCAACAUCAGAGCCCUGAAGGAGUGCCUGUCAGUGCUGGAGCUGCAGUUCACGGAGUUCAGGGAACACACUGAGCACAAGCUGGCCACCCUGAGCCAGGCCAGCCCAUCAGAGCAGCUCAGGGACGAGGUGCACAGGCUGAAGACAGAACACAGGGCCGAGGUUCAGGAGCUGAGAGCGGCGAUGAGAGGACUGGAGGAGGACAACCAGGCCAUGAAGACAGAGCUGCGGAGACUGAGAGAGGAACUGACCAGGACAGCACAGCACAGAGAGCUGAGGAGCCUGCAGAGAGAGCUGGAGGGACUGAGAGGCAGCCAGCUCCGCACACCAGCAGCACAAGAGCAACAAAGUACCCGCCGGGACUGCACUGACACACACACUGACAACCCAGACACUCACACACAACCCCAGCCAUACAGGCAGACACACAGACAGCCCCAAAUACACACACAUACAACACCAGCCACACAGGCAGACACACAGCCAGCCCCAAACACACACACAACACCAGCCACACAGGCAGACACACAGACAGCCCCAAACACACACACAACACCAGCCACACAGACAGACACACAGACAGCCCUAAACACACACACAACACCAGCCACACAGGCAGACACAAAGACAGCCCCAAACACACACACAACACCAGCCACACAGGCAGACACACAGACAGCCCCAAACACACACACAACACCAGCCACACAGGCAGACACACAGACAGCCCCAAACACACAGUCGGAGCAGCAGGGCAGUGCGGAGGUGCUCAUCCUAAUAGAUUCGAACGGGAGGUACCUGGAUGAAAGACGACUUUUCCCUGGCCGAAGUGUCGACAAGAUCAAGUGCCCAACGACACAGAGCGCCCUGCAAAUCCUGUCCAAAAACAGACAAAGGAGCCCGAAAUACAUUGUGAUCCACACCGGCACCAACAACCUGCGCGCAGACAGAGGAGAUGUGGCCAAAUCCGUGCAGCAGGUGGCAGAAACAGCAGCCAGAGAAUACCCCAGCGCCAAAGUCAUCGUGUCCACCCUGCUGCCCCGAGCGGACGUGCCCUUCCACAUCAUCCACAGCAUCAACACAGAGGUGUCCCGGGGCUGCGCCCUGCUACCCAGCGUGCACCUGGCACACCACCACCACAUCAGGCCCCACCACAUGUACGACCAGGUGCACCUCAACAGAGAGGGCAUGAAGCUUUUUGCUAAAUCCCUCAAGGACAUCGCCCUGGGCCGAGAGCUCACCAGCACACCCUACACCGAGACCAGGAGCACGCCCAGCUGCCCCCGAGCUCCUAGGAUCCCCCAGCCCCCCAGGCCACGCCCCCACCACAGAGCUGCCAGUCAGCAGGAGCAGCGCCUGGGACCCCCACGCCCCCCGCAUUCCCUCCAGCCCCCUAGGCCACGCCCCCACCACAGAGCUGCCAAUCAGCAGGAGCGACGCCAGGGACCCCCACGUCACCCGCAUUCCCCCCAGCCCCCGCAGCACAGCUAUGCUGCAGCCGUGUCCCGUCGGCCAGGAAACCCCACCAGCACGGAGCUGAACGAGAUAAGACAUCUCUUCAACCUUAUCUGUACUAAGCUAAUUAGCUAAUGUAUCACCUGUAUACCACAA